CAACGAUAUUCUGUUUCAUGGGAGCCUGAUGUCGAAAGCUAGUUGACCGUCAAACCUCAACAUCCCCAAACGCCUUUGCGACUAUCGAUCUCCAUUGGUAACUCCACGAAAACAUUUCAUGAGUGCCAACGAUGUCUCUAUUGCGCCUCCCGAUUGAGCUGCAGCAGCGCAUCAUCUCGGAAACGAUUCCUGAGUCGAUCGAGAACGUUGCAGUCACCUGUAGGGCAUUAUACGACGCGAGUGAGAGAUACUUAGAGCAGCACAACAGUCUCCGAAAGCGAUUCCGGCAUUUUUCAUUUUCUACCUUCAAUACCAGCUCUGGAACUUGGGAUAAUAUUACCGCGAAGACUAGGAUUUUUGUUCGUCAUGGCAUCGACCUCCUCAUGAGCAUCAUACACAAUCCAAGAAUUGCUCGAUAUAUCGAGACAGCUGAUCUCAAAGCUGGUUUCGGCCGUGAUAACUUGAUGUGGGAUGAUAAUCACGUUUCACACCAACCAGAAAACACAAGGCGCUCGCCACGGCUCACGAAAGGUGAAGACAUCAAAGCACUUCAGCAAUUUCUGCGUGAAUCUCCUUAUCUGAAACAGAUCGGCGAACACCCCGAUUUCUGGGAGGAUAUGAUUCUGGAGGAGACUUAUGGUCAUGCCGAGAUACUCCUACUCAGCCUAUUGACCAACGUGCGGGAGCUUGCUCUGCCCACUGGCUGGCGGAAAGUUGGGCUACGGGGACAAGACUUAAGCGGAACUGGAAGAGAUUUUGCAGUUUGGCGGGUGCUUGAUCAAAUUGUGUAUUGUGCCAACGAUCCUGGCUUCAAAGGUGCGGGACUCUCGAAGCUAGAGAUUCUUCGACCAUUCGCUGGCUCCGGUUACAAUUGCAGGAACUCAAUGACCUUGAACACACCCUUCUUGGCCCUCGAGUCUCUUCGGGAGGCAUAUAUCGGAGGUUGCGUCGCCCUUGAAGACGGCUAUACAGGCUUGAUGUUUUCACCAGAGUACUCGAGCUAUAGCCCACGUCUAGAAAAGCUGGAGUUGGUGGGUUGCACGUUUGAGGCAUGGGAAAUGCGUGUUUUGCUCUCCCGCAUGCCCAACCUGAAGUAUUUCCGUUUUGCAUACGAGGCGAAGUGGGACGCAUGUGGCAUGAACUACGACUCUGGCGAGAUCCUCAAUACCAUCAUGGAGUGCACCGGCGAGACACUGGAGCAGCUUUCAGUGUGGGUGAUGACGAAGUGGGGAUCAAUGGGGAGUACGCUCACCGACAUGAGGGGAUUCAAACGCCUCAGAUCACUCGAGAUUGAUGGCGCCAUGCUCAUGGGGCCAGAAUUUCGCAAAGAUCAUAUAGAGGAGUCUAAGGGCGAUUUCAAUGACGCACCGCUCACCUCGCCGAUUGACGAGAUGGCUGCGCCUCGUCUGGUGGACCUGCUUCCUCCAUCUCUCGAAUCGCUUCGAAUUCUAGCGGAAGAAGAAGAAGAUGAUGAUGAUGAACGAUCUCCUGCGCAGUUGGCAAAAUGCUUCAGAGCCUUGUUUGAUGGGCUUUCUCAACGCAGACAAGACAGGCUACCGAGGUUGAGGGAGAUAGUGCUUGAAGUAUUGGAAGACGAUCUAGAUAUCAACCUUUUGAAGGAGAUAGAAGCCAAGGGGGCCACGGUCCUCUUGCAAGAGGCAACACAACUCCAGCCAGACUUUGUUCACGAUUUUUACGAUCGCUUUGGAGUCACUGCUGAGAGGGCAGAUGUCGAAGAAGAGGAAGAUGAUGAAAAUGACGACGAAUGGGAAGAAAGUGAGGAUGAGGACAACAACGGCGAAUUCGGGGACAGCGAAGAAGAUGAUAGCGAAUAAGAGGCGAAAGAAUAAGGAAACGUCGAAGAAGAAUAGGCAACGGGUUACGGAGUUGUCAAUGUGUAGAAAUAAGGAUAGUUGACAAGCCUCGUGGGAGGUAAGUAAGCACCUUAACAAAACUCAUGACCAACGAAAUGCCUCCAGCAGUAAUAGC